UAUUUCUGAAACAUUUGUAUCUCUUACUAUUCUUCUCCUCUCUCUGUGUUAUUUUCUUCACUUCUUUCUUGAUCUUUGAAGUGAACUUGCACUAAUUCUUGGCUUUCUAUAUAUUGGGUUCUUCUUUUUCUUGUUCUUUUCUUUAAGAAAUACUGAUCGGAGGUUUGCAGCCGCCAUGGCCGGAGGUGGUGGAGGAAGAUCUUUGGAGCAAACACCAACAUGGGCAGUUGCUACAGUUUGUUUUGUUUUGGUUUUGAUUUCAAUAAUCAUUGAAUAUGUUAUUCAUCUUAUAGGAAAGUGGCUAAAGAAGAAACAUAAAAGAGCUCUUUACGAAGCACUUGAAAAGAUUAAAUCAGAGCUUAUGCUAUUAGGGUUUAUAUCAUUGCUUCUAACGGUGGGGCAAGGUCCGAUAUCGAAUAUAUGCAUAUCGGAAAAAAUGGGAUCUACAUGGCAUCCAUGCAGCAAGAAGGAAGAAGAAGAAAUAAACAAAGUUGAUGAAGCAGGAAAUCGAAGGAGACUUCUUAGUAUGAUAUCAGAUUCCGGUGGAAGUUUCCGGCGUGUCUUGGCGGGAGAAUCAACCAAUGAAUGUGGGGAGGGUAAAGUGCCAUUUGUGUCAUCUGAUGGUAUUCAUCAACUCCACAUUUUCAUCUUCGUGUUAGCAGUUUUUCAUGUGCUUUACUGUGUCCUCACAAUGGCUUUGGGCAGAGCUAAGAUGAAAAGAUGGAAAGUGUGGGAGAAGGAAACAAGAACAGCUGAGUAUCAAUUCUCACACGAUCCUGAAAGAUUCAGAUUUGCAAGAGAAACCUCAUUUGGGAGGAGGCACUUGAGCUUCUGGACCAAGACACCAGUUCUUAUUUGGAUAGUUUGUUUCUUUAGGCAGUUUGUGAGGUCGGUACCUAAAGUUGAUUAUUUGACCUUAAGACAUGGUUUUGUCAUGGCACAUUUGGCACCUCAAAGCCACGUCAAUUUUGAUUUCCAAAAAUAUAUUAAUAGGUCAUUGGAAGAGGAUUUUAAGGUUGUAGUGGGAAUAAGCCCACCAAUCUGGUUCUUCGCUGUGCUAUUCAUACUCUUCAACACUCAUGGCUGGUAUUCUUAUCUAUGGCUUCCAUUUAUUCCACUAAUUAUCAUUCUCUUAGUGGGGACGAAGCUACAGGUGAUCAUAACCAAAAUGGCACUUGGAAUUCAAGAGAGAGGAGAAGUAGUAAAGGGUGUGCCUGUGGUGCAACCUGGUGAUGACCUCUUUUGGUUCAACCGUCCACGCCUUAUUCUUUACCUCAUCAAUUUUGUUCUGUUUCAGAAUGCUUUUCAACUCGCUUUUUUUGCUUGGAGUUGGAAAGAAUUUGGGCUAAAAUCAUGUUUCCAUGAACAUUUGGAGGACAUAAUCAUCAGAAUUUCAAUGGGGGUUCUCAUACAAAUCCUUUGCAGCUAUGUCACUCUCCCUCUCUAUGCCCUUGUGACACAGAUGGGUUCAUCAAUGAAACCAACCAUAUUUAAUGAGAGAGUAGCAGCAGCUCUAAGAAAUUGGCAUCAAACAGCUAAGAAACACAUUAAACAUAGGAAAGGAUCAAUUACCCCCUUGUCUAGUAGACCAGCCACACCGUCUCACAAUAUGUCUCCGGUGCAUCUACUCCGUUAUUACCGGAACGAAAUUGAUAGUCUUCAAAAUUCUCCUAGACGAUCUAAUUUUGGUUGGGAAACAGAAUCACCGUCUCCUUCUCACCCUAAUUACGGUGAAGGUUCAUCAUCCCACCAUCCUAAUCAUGACGAAGGUUCAUCGUCGCAUCAUCGUAAUUAUCCUCUACAUCAACUUAACUUAACUUAUACGGAAUAUAAUAGGGACGACAACGAGGCAGGUACAAGUCAAGCGACACCAAUUUCAGAACCGGUUCACACUCAACAUGCAAUUAAUGUUGCGCCAAAAGAAUUCUCAUUUGAUAAAAGAUCAAGUAUAUAAGCAAAAGGGCAUACAUGGAUAUCUAAUUCUGGAGCUGAAGUUGCUUCGAGAAAUCGAAUUAAUUCUACUGUGGAUAUGAACAUUCAGGGACCAAUCUCAACUUGUUUUGUAAAUAGUUGUGCCCACCAAUUCUCCUAAUUUUUAUUUUAUUUUAUUUUUUUGUUAUGGAAAAUGUGGUAGAAAAGAGAUGUUAUGACUCAAAAUUUUCAAUUAAAAUUUUUUUUUCAUGUUCCA